AUGCAUUCCCAUCUUCACACCUCUUACAAUGCCAAUUGCGAAGAGAUCAUGACUGCUCUAGAUGAGUGUCACGCUAAGGGAUUCCUACACAAAGUCAUCGGGAGCUGCAACGAUAUCAAGGUCGACGUGAACAAAUGUCUCUCCGCGGAGCGAUACGAGCGUGCAAAGCGCAACCGAGAGGAGGCGCGCAACAACCGCCGGCGUAUGGAGGAGAUCUGGGCCAAAGAGCGCGAGCUUGAUCAAGAGCAAGGAGGGCCUGCGCUUGCGGCUGCUAGGGCGGCUACUGCGGCGGCGGCGGCUAAUGCUAGUGCUAGUGCUGCGAAGCAAUAG